AUGACCAGCAAACUGUCUGAUGAUGGACCUUUUAUUCGAAAUGAUGAGGAGUUGAGGAUUGUGUUGGUUGGGAAGACCGGAAAUGGUAAGAGUACCACUGGAAACACCAUCUUGGGCUGGAAGUGUUUUAAGUCAACCUUCAGCGCAGCGUCCCUCACGGUCAACUGCUCGAAGGGCAAAGCCACUGUGGAUGGACAGCAGGUGGCUGUGAUUGACACCCCGGGCCUCUUUGACACCAGGUUUGGGCAGGAGAAAACAGCUAAAGACUUGAGUCAGUGUAUCACUUAUGCUAGUCCUGGGCCCCACGUGUUCCUGAUCGUCAUCAAGCUGGGCAGAUACACGGCAGAGGAAAAGAAUUCAGUGCAGAAGAUCCAGCAGAUAUUUGGUAAGGAUGCAGACAAAUACAGCAUGGUUCUCUUCACUCACGGUGACCAGCUCGAAGGCCCCAUUGAGGAGUUCCUGGAGAGAAGUUCAGAACUGCAGGAACUGGUGGCCAGAUGCAAUGGAGAGUACCACGUCUUUGGGAACAGGGAGAAAGAUCACACUCAGGUCACCGAGCUGCUGAAGAAGAUCAGGAAGAUAGCUGCAAAGAACGGUGGAAGCCACUACACCAACGAGAUGUUCCAAGAGGCAGAGAGGAAAAUUGAAGAGGAGAAGCAACGGCUUCUGGAGAAGGACAAGGAGAAAAUACGCAAAGAGAAAGAGGAGCUGGAAAAUCAAAUACGGGCGAAGAUGGAGCCUCCUCACAAAUUUUGA